AUGGAGGCACCAAUCCCCAUGGACAACAAACCAAAGACUCUCCCUCCUUACGGGGGAAUGAUGCCGCCCCUCAAUCACCACCCACCUCAGCUUCACGGUCCACCUCCCGGUUUCCAACGAACACCACCGCCACCACCACCGCACGACGGUCAGCCUCAUGGGUUGCCCGCACCAAUACCUCACACUAGCGCCUACGAGCAACCUUGGCGUCAGCCGUAUCCUCCAUCACAUUAUGAAGCUGCUGCUCAACGUCGUCACUCGAAUCCGGUCGCCCAGGCCCCACCACCACAGUCGCAACCACCUCCUCCCGGUCCUCCACCUUCGCAUCCUCACGCACCUUACCCUCCUCCAGGACAACAUCCCUCCGCCCAGCCUCAAGGUCGAGAACUACCUCAACUUCCUCCUGGAGACCCAUACCAUCGACCAAACAGCCUACCGGCUCCGGCACCACCUCAUCCAGUAUCAGAACCUCAUUCCCCUCGCACUUACAGGCCUAUGAAUGGCACGCAACCCGAGCCUAUCCCGCAUUCUGCACCUCCCCCCGGUGAUUACAGAACGGCGCGCAUACCUUACACUGGCCCGGGAGAGCCUCCACCACCGGGAGUUACUAAUGGUGAUCACGCAGGUCCUCCGCCGGGGUAUAUGCAACAUGUUGGUCCUCAUGGCCAGCCUCCUCCAGGCGCUAUGUAUGACGGUGCUGUUCCACCUUAUCCACGUCAGCGCAAAGCCGCCAGAGCUCAACAGGCUUGUGAUCAAUGUCGCGCACGCAAAGCUAAAUGCGAUGAGGGCCGUCCGGCAUGUAGUCAUUGUAGAGAAAAUAACAUCGAAUGCAAAUACAAGGACAUACCUCCUCAAAAGCAGGAAAAGUCGACACAGUUGGUAUUGGAUGGCGUCCGGCAAAGUGACGACAAUCAGCGCGAAAGAUUUGACACCCUGAUGGAGAGGUUUAUAGGGCUGGAACAACUUGUCAAAUAUUUCAUCACGCAAAGCAAAAUUCCUCUUCCACCUGAGGAAAAAAUGAAACCCGCCAAGGAGAAGGCUACCUCACCAAAUGGUCUCUUGGAAUCGAAACCGUCGACACCCGUUGCGCCACAAGGACCCCAGGGGGGAUUGAAUUCUAGUCUUCCCGCAACGAGCUCAUCACAGAGCGAUGUUCGAGGAAUAACAGGAUAUCUGAAGACUGUGCAGCAUGCGCAGUCGCAGCCCUUGGUGAAGGACGAAGACAGAGAGGUAGACGGAGAAUUGGCCGUUCCGCAAAACCAUAAAACUGCUGCUCACAAACUACUUGAUUGGCCUUCCAUCAAGCGACUGCUGGAUCGUAACAUCGACACUGACUACGUUUUGAGAAAUGAGAGAAGAAGAGGGUUAAUUCGACUUUAUGGGUGCGGUGAAGGAUGUGAUCACGAUACCGAGAACCACUGGCGUCAGAAUCGUCCCUAUCCCGGCGGUAGCCCUGCGACGGAUUCAGCAACUCCCCAAUCUGAUGAAGAAUAUUCCCGCGCGAAUUCACCAAGUUGGGGCUACGGACUACCAAUGCCUCCACAAAGUCGGCUAGGACAACACUACGGUGGUAUCGAUCCGUCGGGUUAUUUAAAUGCUCAUCCCGACGUCGUCAGGCGCCUUCUUCACAGCUACAUGAGUAACAUGCAUAUCCUCCAUCCCAUCAUGAACAAAAACACAUUACCUCAGAAAGUGGAACGAUUUAUCCAACAGUAUGGACAGUAUCACGGCAAUAUUGGCAAUAUCCAGAAUGAAGCUCGCGGCAUGAAGCGGAAACGCUCCGCCGAGUCCAUGCACCCAGAAGCGAUCGACAUGUCCCGUUCACCAAGUUUUGGCUCGGAGAAGUGGUCGUCGCGCAGGAUUGAACAUUCCAUUGAAAACGCAGUUAUUCUAUUAGUCCUUGCUCUGGGUGCAAUCUGUGAACACAAAGGUCCCCUACCUGGAUUUCCCCCGGAUCCCAAUGAAAGACACCGAGACAAGCCGUCAUUCGCGUCCUCACCGGAAGUUCAAUCUGUGCUCAAUGAGAUUCUCACGCCUCCGUCGGGGCCAGUAUCAGGUAUGAACAGUCGAUACUACCAGUCUCCCGGUGUCCAGUCUCCGGACCCUGUAUGGGAAUGGAAGACUCCGAAUCAGAGGCCGAACUCUAGACUCGGACCAGAGGGCAUGGUUGAAGCAUCUACCUUGAAAAAUAUAGAUGUGAUUCCAGGUCUAGCGUACUAUGCGUAUGCUGCGGGUAUUCUUGGUGAGAUGCAGGGUGGAUGCGAAUUGCCUUUUGUACAAGCUGCGAUUCUUGCUAGUUUCUAUGCCGGUCAACUAGCUCAUCCAUUUCAGAGCCAUGGAUGGAUUUGUCAGGCUGCUAGAGCAUGUUCCUUUUUGACUCGAAAAGACGAAUAUGCUGCCAUGCAACCAAGCACUUUAAAGGAAUUAUAUGAGUUUGCUUACUGGACUUGUUUGCAACAUGAAAGUGACCUUCUUGCCGAACUGGAUUUUACUGCUAGCGGGGUAUCACAAUCCGAAACACGAGUGUCUCUUCCAACCGGGACUUUUACCAUGGACCAACCACUGCCAAUGAGUGACGACCAAACGAGAGUGAUGUUUUUCUAUUCGGCACAAAUCCAUCUUCGUAAAGUCCUGAACCGGGUUCACCGCGAUCUUUACGACACGGACGUCAAGAAGUUGCCUGAUAAGAUUCUGACGGUUCUCGGACUGAAUCUUGACGUCUGGAAGUCAAGUCUGCCAGAACAAAUGCAGUGGAAUGAGGAGGAUGAACCAUCUGAGGAUAUCAACACUGCACGACUCCGUGCGAAAUACUACGGCGCUCGUUACAUUAUCUAUCGACCUGUCCUAGAACUUGCUCUGCAUUCAAAAUCACCCAAGGCGGCGGAAGGGAAAGGCAAAUUGGAGAACGACUCGAAACCAUCGGUCUCCUCUUUCAAGGCACACGAUUUUCAAGCUCACAAUAUGGCACGCUGGUCGAGUGAGCCGGGCAUGCGUCAAGAUUUGAGAGAUAAAUCCGACAUUGCGGACACGUUGAAGUUUGAUGAGCUGGAUGACGAUACACGACGUGCUUGCCAGCAAUGCAUCACAGCUGCUAUCCAAAGUACCAAAGCGUUCCACAAUAUCAAGGGUCGGCCCAUUGUGACUAAUAUAUUUGGAACCGCUCAUGCACAAUUCGGCAAUAUGCUUGUUCUCUCCGCUACUUACAUGUCUAAUCUUAGUGAGCUAGUCAACGCGAAAGAUCUCGAGUACCUGCUCCAGCGCACCAUCAAGUUCCUCGCCAUGUACAAAGAUAUUUCCCCGACUCUGAUGGCCGAUGCCCAAAUCCUGUCCGGAAUCUACUACAAGAUCUUCAAGAAACCACUCCAGACGAGCUUCACAACGGAAUCUUUUGGCAGUACAUGA